GCGCUUAGGUCAACUAAUUACACGAACUUCUGUUUAAAUUUAAAGGUAGAAUUCAAGGAAUUUAUAAAGUUUAUUAGAGAAAAGGAAAAUUACCUGGAUUAAGGCUAAGAGCUAUUGAAGAUGUACUCGAGGUAUAAAUAAGCAAACAUUGAGGUUAUGUAAAUCAUAAGUAAAUUUGUUUCUGAACUACAAACAACAAAGAAAUCACACAAAUGUCUUCUACACCCGCAAAAAGUCUUAAACGUGAACGCACUGCUUCCAUUAACUAUUACUCCAUACCUUAUACAAUUUUUAUGUAUAAAGAAGAAUUAAGGAAAAAGGAUAAUGAAUUUAUGAGAUUGUCCAAAGUGAAGUUAUAUCUCACCGACAACUUGAUCUCCAAUACCAUACGCAAUAUCGGCCAAUACGAUGUAACCGAAGUGAUGAAUAUCAAUCAGCAAAUGAUGUUUAAAAAACGUCUGCAUACUAAAAUGCACAAGAUACGUAAACUGGAGAAAUUGGGCGUUAAGAAUAUCGAUCCAAAUUAUAUAAGUGAUGAAUUGUAA